AAACCCAGCGCGGGCCCUGCGACUGCACAGUCGCGGCCUAUGAACCUGUCGCUGUGCUUCCUGGACUGUGGGCCCGAGAAGGUGCUGGAAACUUCCAGCACGAAGGGCUCCUGUGUGCUCUCGCUUCUUAGUUUUCAUUGUCAGUGCCCUUUGCCCUCUCCAGUGCUUUUGGAUGGCUCCCCCUCACCGUCCUAGGAUUGCUCACAUCCUCAAGCUUGAAAACCGCCUGAAAACCAUCUGGGGGCGGCAUCUUAGGUGCCGAGUCCAACAGGGCUGAAGGCUGGGCCUGCCCUUUUCCCUGGCGUCUUCCUCUGAAGCUGGCGGGAUGAUGGAGCCCGUUCGGCCAGUUCCUGUCUUCCUGGGCAGACCCCUGGAAGAAGCAGGCCGCUGCAGAAUGCCUUUUUGUUGAUGCCUUUGACGAGGCCUCUUGAGCGCUUGGCACAGAUGACCGUGGGUGGACGGAUUCACGAAGGCUCACUGUUCCCUGCCAGUCCAUGAACCGUCCUGACUCCCAGGAUGCCCGAUGUGUCAGAAGGAAUCUUGUGGUCGCAAGUGACAGAGGAUUGAGUCCAAACCAAGUUAGCAAAACGAAUCUCAAAUGAAUGUGACUUGAAAAUUUCUAAGGAUCUAUGACUGAGGUGGAUCAGCUAGGAGUGGCUCCUCGCAGCAUAAAGGGAGGCACUUGUCACACUGUGUUUUGGAAUGAGAAGUUAAAUUCAUGAGCACACAUGAUUUAGAAGACAUGGGCUGUGGCACCUCGUCUUCAACGAAAGACAGAAAAUCUGAGAAAGUGCUAAAAGCCGCAUUGGUCAUCCAGAACUGGUACCGAGGUUACAGUGCUCGGUUGAAGGCCAGACAACGCUAUGCCCUCACCAUCUUCCAGUCUAUCGAAUAUGCUGAUGAACAAGGCCAAUUGCAGCUCUCCAACUUCUUUUCCUUCAUGUUGGAAAACUACACACAAAUACACAAGAAAGAUCCAGAAUUACUUGCUCGACUUUUUGGUAGCACCCUCCAGGACUACAAGGAUAGACAGGACUAUGUCUCACACAUAGACGUCCCAGACUCCUAUCAUGGUCCUCGGCUGCAAUUUCCUCUCACUUUUACUGAUAUUGAUUUACUUGUUGAGGCCUUCAAGCAACAACAGAUACUUCAUGCUCAUUAUGUCUUAGAGGUGCUAUUUGAAACCAAGAAGGUCCUGAAGCAAAUGCCAAACUUCACUCACGUAAAAACUUCUCCCUCCAAAGAGUUAACAAUCUGUGGUGAUUUGCAUGGGAAACUGGAUGAUCUUUUUUUGAUCUUCUAUAAGAAUGGUCUCCCCUCAGGGAGCAACACAUAUAUUUUUAAUGGUGAUUUUGUAGAUCGAGGAAAACAUUCCAUAGAGAUCCUAAUGAUCCUGUUUGUGAGUUUUCUUGUCUACCCCAAUGACCUGCACUUGAACAGAGGGAACCAUGAAGAUUUUAUGAUGAAUCUGAGGUAUGGCUUCACAAAAGAAAUUUUGCACAAAUAUAAGAUACAUGGGAAAAAAAUCUUACAAAUCUUGGAAGAUGUCUAUACCUGGCUCCCAAUUGGUACAAUCAUUGACAGUGAAAUCCUGGUCAUCCAUGGUGGUAUAUCAGAGUCCACAGACUUGAACUUACUCCACCGUAUAGAAAGAAACAAAAUGAAAUCUGUGCUGAUGUCACCAAUUCCCUUAAAUGAAGACCACAAUAAUGACUUGAAGAAAAAUAAGAUAAAUACAACUAUUAUACCUCGGGAAGUCAAAACAAAUGGAUCCCUUUCUGAACAGUUAACAAAGCAUGAAUGGGAGCAGGUUAUCGAUAUUCUAUGGAGUGAUCCCAGAGGCAAAAGAGGCUGUUACCCAAACACAAGUCGAGGAGGGGGCUGCUACUUUGGACCUGAUAUUACCUCCAAGGUUCUUAAUAAAUACCAGUUGAAGAUGCUCAUUAGGUCUCAUGAAUGUAAGCCCGAAGGGUAUGAAAUCUGCCAUGAUGGGAAGGUUGUCACUGUAUUUUCUGCUUCUAAUUAUUAUGAAGAAGGCAGCAAUCGAGGAGCUUACAUCAAACUGUGCAGUGGUAUGAACCUUCGAUUUUUCCAGUACCAAGUAACUAAGGCAACGUGCUUGAGGCCUCUUUACCAAAGGGUGAAUACUAUUGAAAGUAGUGCCAUCAGGAUAUUAAAAGAGAGAAUGAUUUCACGAAAAACUGAUCUCAUUCAUGCUUUCCAACUUCAAGACCGCAGUAAAUCAGGAAAACUUCCGAUGGGCCAGUGGGCUUUUUCCAUGGAGAACGUUUUGGGACUGAACUUACCAUGGAGAUCCCUGAGUCCACAUCUGGUAACCACAGACAAAAGUGGAAAUAUCAACUACAUGUCCAGCUUCGAGGAUAUCCACAUUCAGAAACCUGUGAAAGAGGCUCAAUCGACUCUAAUUGAAACUCUGUACAGAUACCGAUCUGACCUGCAAAUCAUCUUUAACAUCAUUGACUCUGAUCACUCAGGCCUGAUUUCCAUGGAAGAAUUUCGUGCCAUGUGGAAACUCUUCAAUAGUCACUACAGCAUUCAUAUUGAUGACUUUCAAAUUGAUGACCUCGCCGAAAGAAUGGACUUAAACAAAGAUGGAAGCAUUGACUUUAAUGAGUUUCUAAAGGCUUUCUAUGUAGUACAUAAAUUGGAUAAUGUGAACAAAUCAGAUAGCAAACUUGCUUAACAAGAAUUAGUUUUCCCUCCUGUUGGGCCCAAAUAACUGAUGCCAUCUUUUCCACAACCCUUGUAAUUCAUAAUCAGUAGUAAAGUAGACCCCCAUUCAUGCCACGAGCAGAUGUAUAUAGCAUGGGUUUUCGAAGUCCCCAGGAAGCUGUAAUUGAUAAGACUAGCUUAAAUGCCAGCUGAUAGGAUUUGGCUCCAGUGUUAGGACUCACACUUUGCCGGGUAGAAACUGGUUUGAGCCUACUGUUGGCCUCUUGGACAAGGAGACCAGAGCAAUUUGGAAAUGUGUUGAGAGGAACCCACAGAGCACCAGUGAAAAGUGUAACAUAUGUGAGUGACUCAGGGAUGGGAGGAGGAAUACCAAACUAUUAAUGGAAUAAAAUAUUUCCAUCUUUAAACGGAAUCUUCUUUGGAGACCGCAAACUGGUGAUUCUCAAUCGUGGGGGAACCUCCCUUGAGGGUUGGGGGCCAUAUCAGAUCCUUAGGGGAAGCUGUGGGAGUGUAUUGUUUGAUAAAACCUAUUUUUUUCUUGUCUGUUGGAGAUACAAAGUGAAUACAAUUCAGAUUAAGCCCUACAGUUAAUAUGGUUUGACACUUUCAUUGGUGAGAUGGGGCCUUGGUAAUGCAUACAUUGUGCAAUUUAUUCUGCUAUUCUGAUUGCAUAUCAAACAUAAUAGAUUUCUCUUUAAAGGCAA